AUGUUUUCUUCAAGCCCUUUUCCAGAUUUUCCAUUAUCUCCUAGUUUUUCCUUUGACUAUGAAAAAUACUAUCAUUGCCUUAACAAUAAUGACCCAUUAUUCUCUGGGGAAUCCUUUUUUCAAGAUUUUGUUAGUCAACCGCAACGGUCUUCUGAAGACCCGGUACUUUUACAAUCUUGUGAAGAUCACGACGAUCUUCUAGAGUCGGUUAUUUCGUCAUGCUCGAAGUUGAAGAAGAAACCCGAUCAGCCAUCAGCAAAGAAAGAUGGGCAUAGUAAGAUCUACACAGCUCGAGGCCCAAGAGAUAGGAGGGUGAGAUUGUCGAUUGAGAUAUCAAGAAAGUUCUUUUGUCUUCAAGACUUGCUAGGGUUCGAUAAAGCAAGUAAGACUCUCGAUUGGCUGUUUAACAAAUCGAAGAACGCGAUUAAAGAGUUGGUUGAAGAAACAAACAACCACUGCGCCUCGUCUUCUUCUACUUCUGUUAGUGAUCAAUUGAAAGUUAAUUUUCUUGAAGCGAUUAAGGGUGGAAUGAAUGAGGAGGAGAAUAACUUAGGGCAAAAGAAUAAGUCAGUAAUGAGAGGUUUUGAUGGCAAAAAAAGAAAGAAAGAAAAUGCCGCAAGAGACCAGUCGAGAGCCAUGGCAAGAGCAAGAGCUAGAGAAAGGACAAGAGAAAAGAUGCAAAAUAAAAAGCUUGAUAAUGAGCUCAACACAUCAUUACCUCCUAAUUACGAUUUCGACUAUCAAAAUUACUUGGAAAGAAACGCAGCAGAAGAUCAUCAUCAUAAUAGCGCAAUCUUGUCAGCAAGCAGUCUAUUCAUAAGUGAUGGGGAGCAGUUGAGAGUGGAUCUGGAAUGA